AUGUUUCUCCAAAUAAUGUUUUUUACACUUUCCUAUGCUUUACUCAAAGAGAAGAUCACUCCAUAUGAAGUGACUCUUCCUGUCAAUUUACUAGGCGGAGAAUAUACUUUCCGAACAUACACUCAAGGUACAUUUUCUGUUCGUUUGUAUCCAUCUUCUGAUGCCAAAAACAAUUAUUACAUUGGGUAUACUGAUACCAAUGGACUUGGUACUGUUAUAAAAGUGAAAGCCAAAACCAACACUAUUUUGCGAACAGACAAAUUCACAGGAUAUAGUGUCAGAGGUCUUACCGUGAAAGACGAUGGCUCCUAUGGUGUUUUCCUCUGGGAUACCAAGACUAGUCUUAUUUACUUCAGAAAAGUUGAUGCCGUUGGAAAGGAAGUAUACACUAAAAAUCUUGAUUUAAGAAACCAAUCAAUUCCUUCAUCAAUUGUAGCUGAAGAUGACAAAGGUUUUGGAGUUGGAGAUAGUCGCUUGAAUUAUGGUAAUGGCACAUUCCAUCUCUACACUCAUGUUCAUAGUGAUAGUGGACACGAGGAUAUGGGGGUGGGGUGCUCACACAUGACAUCUGGCUUACAAGGGUGGAACUCGAAGACGAACACAAUGAUUCAUAUUUGUGAUUCUGAUGCUUUCCCAGCAUUUGGUAUGUUUGCUGAGAACUCCAAAACGUAUAUUUUAUAUUCGCAUAUUGCAAAUAAAGGGGGAUAUAGUGGUGGAGAGUUAGGUGGUGUUGUUGAGAAUGGUGAUGGGUGGUUACUCAUUAUGAAUUCUAUAACACCCGAAGCUGUAUAUGAUGGUAAUCCAGUGAAUACACCCAAUGGUGUUCAAGACAUUGGUGUAGUUUCAAUUGGAAAAGACAAAAAGAGGACCAAAGUCACUUUUAUUAAGAAAAAUGCUCAAACCAAGAACAAUGGAUGUAUUGCAAAAUAUGGAGACAAAUUCCUUGUUGGAUACACUGAAGAUAAAACAAACUUUUAUUUGGGGACAAUAGACGCUUCGGCUACUAUAAAAGAUCAAUUUGAAGAAGUCACUGGUGUGACUGGUUGGGGCGAUAGAGAUGACUCUUUCAGAAGUUUGAAUAGUGGAAACAUUUUCUGGGUCAAAGCACCGCAAAAUAAGGGAAAUAAACUUAUCAUUUACGAAUUUAAUACAGCUGGUACCGUGGAUCCAACACCUGAUCCUAAACCAGAACCCGAACCCGAACCUAAACCAGAACAUAGUGAAGCUAGUGAACAUAGCAGUGAUGGUCACAAUGGAGAAAUUAACAACAAAGCUAAUGUGGUAUACCUCUCAUUAUUUGUGGGAAUAAUUCUGAUGUUGAUUUAA